AUGUCCGCGCCAGAAGAACCUGUAAUUGUUCCCACGAUCUUUGAACAAAACACCAUUCUAAAUUGCCAACCCGAACCCAAUCCCGACUUGCCAGCGCGGACAAUCGUCAUGGCUGGAGAUAAGCGGCACGAGCAAACAUCUUCACACAAGGAGGACCCAGCAACAAUGGCCGCCAGUGAGGAGUUGAAGCACACCACCAUUUCUGACAAGGCGGCGGCUCCUCGAGUCCAUGAUCCUGCAGACGUGCCUGCAGCUGAAGACAAGGUCAUGCAGGAGAACGCAAAGGUGAGCACGCCGGAGCUAGAGGCCGAGGCCGAGCACGCAGACUCUCAAGACGAGGACCUGAGGGAACGUUUAUCUUCCCCGAAGAAGAAGAGAGGACGAGACGCGGACGAGGAUGCGCAGGAUUCGGGGGACGAUGUUGACGAGCCAGGAUCUUCGGCUGAUGGCAGCGUCGCAAAUGGAAACCGAAUGACAAGGUCAGGGCCAGAGAAGAAGAGGCCUCGGGAUACAUCGGAGGAGCUAUCAAAGUCUGCGGAGAAAUCGACAGAAGCUGCUCCCGAGAAAGUUUCAGCUGACCUUAAAGUGACCGACGAGGAGACCGCGAAGUCCCCAACGAAAGAAAUCCCUGCCCCCAAAACAUCUGCCUCUGCGUUUGCUAGUUCUGGCUUCGCGUCUCUUGCAGCCUCCUCAAGCUCCCCCUUUGGAAGCAUCGGUGCCGCAAAACCCAGCAUAUUCAGUAGUGGCACACAACCUGCAACAUCUGGCUUCGGCGCAUUAUCCGGGACAAAGCUUGCGAGCUCAGCCUCAACUACAAGCGGAUUUGGACUUGCUUCUGGAGACAAACCAGCUUCGGGGUUUGGCUUUGGCGGCGGAGUAAGCUCUGGAUUUGCGGGCCUUGCAAGUGGCAGUGUUUUCGGCGCUAACUCAGGCAAUGGAUUUGGAGGUGGAUCGGGGGCCAAGCUGUCGAGUUUCGCUGCACCCCCUGGGAAAGACGACGAAUCAUUGUCGAGUAAGCCAGCCAGAGCCUUUGGAGCACCAGACAGUGAUGAAGACGAUGGAGCCGAUGUGGAUGAUAGUGAUGGAGGCGCUGUUACAGAUGACGAAGAGAGUGCACCUGCUGUCCACGAAGAGAAGAAGAAGGGAAAGCCCAGUAAAGUUGAUGAUGGAGAAGCUGGUGAGGCUACAUUGCUCCAAGUGCGAGCGAAGCUCUUCGCAAUAGAGUCAAAGGAGGUUGGCUGGAAGGAACGUGGAGUCGGUACGCUCAAGAUCAAUGUGCCAAAGUCUUGUGUCAGCUUCGAUGACAACGGUGUACCGAUACCCGGCUCAUUCGAUGCAUCUGGCCUGGAGGAUGAUGACGAAGGAGCAACGGGCCCUCGAGUUGCUCGUCUCAUCAUGCGUCAAGAGAACACCCACCGAGUUGUUCUCAACACCGUCAUUGUCCGAGCUAUGGAGUUCAAGGACAAGCCAUCGACCAGCGCCGCCCAGAUCAUAUUUACUGCAUUCGAGGGUGACAAGGAGCCGACGCCCAUCAAUAUGCUUUUGAGAGCAAGCAUUCCCUCUUCUUGCACAAAUGCCAGAAUAUUCAGAACCGAGUUGGCAUCUGUCCAACAUGCAUUAUGA